AUGGAUCAUCACAGCAGCGCAAAGGCUUUGAGCGAUGCUUACACACUUGCUGACCUCUUCGCCGACUGUGUUGAGUCUAUCAAUCUUAUCUAUGGCCACGACGAGUCUCAUAGUCAGGAAAUUCUCACAUCACAGCUCGGUAUCGAACAAGCACGUCUGUUGAUCUGGGGCGAUGCAGUCGGAAUCUCCUCCCCGCCAGCCUCGACAGGAAUCACCUCUGCUAUUCCUAGGCAUCCUGGCGCAUUGAAUCCGGAACCUGAUAAGGCCUUGUACUUUGGAACUCGAGAUGCUCGCCUGGACGAUCCUCGCUUCAGACAACGCGUCGAAGAUUCGUUACACGCGAUCGCAAGCCCAAUGACACAUCUUACCAAAGUCAAGAUGUUCCAGGCAUAUGGACUGGACCUCUUCAAAGGCUCACCAAAAGUACGCGAGAACCACAUGCUGGCACCCAAUCCUUUCAGGUUGCAAGCGUUCCGUGAGAAGUUCGAACUCUUGGACGAAGUCGUGACCGCGUUCCCACACGCGAAGACCCACAAACAUUUUGGCGUCAACAAGAAGAUGGCCUGGCAAAUUAUGGAUGUGGCCAAGGCCAGCGAGUUGUGCACUCUGAUUCGCGAGAAGGUGGAUUAUCUGGUCCAGCUCAUGGAUGCUCAAUCAAAAGUCGAUAAGGCAAUGCGAUACGAUGUGCGUGCCAUGGGCUGGCAUCCCAGCGAGGAUAUGAAUGCAACAAUUCGCGACACACUAAAGCUAUCGCUUCUGGUCGAAGCUUCAGAAGUGCUGUAUCCUGAAUACAGUACCGCAGCACAGGAAGCGCUGGACAAUGUCACCGAUCAAUGGAAAGGCAGCCGCGGCUACGAUGCCAUGAUGUCCGAGCAUCACAACCCCACUAUUCACAAGACGGCCUCCCACACGAUGCUCUCGCAACCCAUUCGCCCUUCCCAAGAAGCACCCAGACCGACCAUCUCGCCACCAAAGACACCAAAGAAAGGAAAGCUAUUGGGUUCACUUCGACCAAAACUCACUCGCUUGUUCUCAGGCAAAAGCAUGGAAAAGCUAUCUCCUGCUGCAGCCGAUCCCUCACGGUCAAAGUCUGAAAGCGGACCCAGCGGUGGUGCGGAUGGGGACCCGCUUGAGCCUAUGCGCAGCAGGUCUCUGGCCAACGAUGACUUGACUCAUGUGCUCACGCAUACUGCUACGCUCGAUUCUAUGAUCAGUCGUCACGAUCAAUAUCCCGGCCUCGACAGGGUGACUACUUUGGAGUUGAGGAAGAAGUGA